AAAAACACAAGUGACAUAUUCAAAAUCGCAAGACCUCAAGCGUCAAGUGUCUCGAAGUGUCAAGAAGACAGAUCUUACAAGAUACACAUGUGCUCCAACAAGUCGCCCGAUAACUAUUUCGGAAAACUGUCAUGUCAGUUACGAUAGCGUGACAAGAGUAGUCAAGUGUGAUGGGAGGAAAGUUACUGAAGUUUUAACUUUAGCGUGUUAGCUAGUCAUCUCAUGCUAGCUGGAAACGCCAAGAGUAGAAAGACAGGAAAGGACGGUCCUUGUCUACUCGAAUGAUAGUGCAUUAAUGUGACAGGAUGCAUAGAACUAUUGCCAGCUUGCCUCUUGCUCCCUCGGUAAAAAUUAAACUCACAAGCGCAGGGUUCGACACCUGUGCAGACCUGAAGCAUUUGCGACCACUCCAACUCUGCAAAGAGGCAGGCAUCUCCCAGGAGGAGGCGCUAGAGGUGCUGCAGACUUUGCGCUCUGAUGAUGGGGCGGGUGUGGCUAGCCAUGCGGGCGGGGCCGGUGCUGUGAGUGGCGGACUCACUGCGCUGCAGCUUCUGCAGAAGGAGCAUGCUCUGGGUGACAUCAUAACCUUCUGCUCCGCCCUGGACUCCGCCCUGGGGGGAGGGGUUCCCGUUGGGAAGACCACGGAGGUGUGUGGAGCUCCUGGGGUGGGGAAGACACAACUAUGUCUGCAGUUGGCAGUGGACGUGCAGAUCCCAGUGUGUUUUGGAGGACGGGGGGGUCGGGCACUCUACGUAGACACAGAGGGAAGCUUCCUGGUGCAGAGGGCAGCUGAUAUGGCACACGCAGCAGUGGAGCACUGCAGAGUGGUCACUCAGGAUGCUGAGCAACAGGCAGCCUUGAAGGACUUCACCGUUGAAAACAUCCUCUCUCGCCUCUCGCUUGUCCGUUGUCAUGACUAUGUGGAGCUGUUGGCCCACUGUUACCUCCUCCCUGACUUCCUGACCAAACACCCAGAGGUCCAGCUGGUGGUGAUUGACAGCAUUGCCUUCCCAUUCCGGCACGACUUUGAGGAUUUCUCUCAGAGGACCCGCCUCCUUAAUGGGCUAGCCCAACAACUCAUACAGCUAGCCACGGAGUACAACGUAGCGGUUGUUCUCACCAAUCAGAUGACCACUAAGGUGUGGAAUGGUCAGUCCAAACUCAUCCCAGCCCUGGGUGAGAGCUGGGGGCAUGCAGCCACACAGAGACUCAUUCUGCACUGGGAGGGAACCCAGAGAUUGGCAUCUAUUUAUAAGUCACCCAGUCAGAUGGAGGCCACUGUACCUUACCGCAUCACUGAAGAUGGAUUUCGGGAUCUGGCUCCUCCCCCCUUCCCCACCGCCCAGCCCACCUCAUCAGGCCCCGCCCACUCUGUGCAGCAGAGGAAACGGCCCCGCAUGGAGCCCCUCCCAUCCUGACAGCCAAUCACAGAGCUUCUUGAUUUCUGCCUCCAUCCAAAGCCCUUCCUCAUUGGAUAGACAGAUACAUGGCACCCAUGUAAUUUUCUGACACAUGAAGCAGGAAGCAAGGAAGCACCCAUUAUUUUUGUAAAUAUGUUUCUGUCAAAAGCACUGUACUAAGUGGUGUCACAGAAGUUCAACAACCCAAAACUGUUGAGUUUAAAAGUGUCAAACCUUUUGUAAUGUUUUUUAUUUUAAGUUUCACAUUGAGAAGAACACUUGUUUUAGUAUAUAUCAUAAUGUAUAAUGUUCAGUGUAAGAGGGAUUUAUUGAAUAAAGAAGAACU